AAUAUGGAACUUGAGCAAUCAAUUUUUACUUUUGAUUUCACUGACCUUGUUUGCAAAAUCAUAUAGCACCUCCACACCAUUGCAUUGUCUCUAUGAGGAACAAACUUUCACACCCUCUUUGUCUUUUCCUUUUGAUUUCACUGAGCUUGUUUGCAAAGUCAGAUGCAGGAAGCCUUGUGGUGUAUUGGGGCCAAAAUGCAGCUGAAGGCCAUUUGACAAAAACAUGCAAAACUGGACUCUUCCACAUUGUGAACAUAGCAUUCCUCUCAACUUUUGGCAAUGGUACUCAACCUCAAAUCAAUUUAGCAGGCCAUUGCUCCCCUGUGUCAAACGGUUGCAAAAGGUUAGGCAUAGGCAUCAAGAACUGCCAAAGGAGAGGCAUCAAGGUUAUGCUUUCAAUUGGGGGUGGCACCAAGACCUACUCAUUGUCAUCCCCAGAUGAUGCCAGACAAGUUGCAGACUACAUUUGGGACAACUUCUUGGGAGGGAAAUCAAAAUCUAGGCCAUUUGGGGAUGCCAUAUUGGAUGGGGUGGAUUUUGACAUUGAAAGUGGUGAACUCCACUAUGCAGCACUUGCUUAUAAGCUGCAUGACCAUUAUGCUGGUUCUAGCAAAAAGUUCUACUUAACUGCUGCACCACAAUGUCCAUUCCAAAACAACUUACUCCAUGGAGCACUCACCACAGGCCUUUUUGAUCAUGUUUGGAUUAAGUUCUACACCAAUCCUCAAUGUGAGUUUACCCCAAAGGACCCCACUGGGUUUAAGAGUGCAUGGAAUCAGUGGACCACAUCAAUUAAUGCUGCUGGCAAGUUCUUUGUUGGACUUCCUGCCUCACAUGCAGCAGCUAGAACGGGUUUCGUGUCAUCACAUGCUCUCAUAAAUCAUUUGCUGCCUAUAGUUCGGUCACCUAAAUAUGGAGGUGUUAUGCUUUGGGAUAGGUUCCACGAUUUGCAAUCUGGAUAUAGUGGUAAAAUUAGAAGAAGCGUUUGAGUAAUUCACUAUAGUAAAUACAAGUUCUAAGGAGUCUAGGAAUUAUUUCAAAUAAUUGUUGUUGACUAAGGAGUUAAAUUUUUAGUCCUAUUUUCUAGCCCUGUAAUUAAAUGUGACAAAAAGUUUAUUCCAAUGGAAAUAAAAUAAGAGUGU